AUGUCUUCCACCCGAACCGUAUUUCUCCGCAACGGCCUGCCUAUCAUCGAUGUGUAUGGCCUCUUCCGAGGCACGAUGUGGUUAACAGUGAGAUUUUCGAACAAGGACCGCCACUGUUCGGACAAUGAGUUGAUGAAUCUUAUAAUUCAACGUCUUCAAAUUGGAGAGUUCACAGUCGACUCCGUGCCUACGCACCAGGGGAGGGGAUUUUGCGUAUCAUUUCCGGUCUCCAUUUAUGGCGCUAGUCGUAGCGAGUGUCUUGGCGUUGUUAUCAGGCUUGCAGAAUGCUACUGGGAGGACAUCCUUUCUGGGGAUAUUUCUAUAGACCGGGACUUUCUUUUCAGAACUAGAGCUUUCAUCGGAUAA